AUGCAGCCCCUCACCAUACUCCUCACCCUAGCCAUCCUCCCUGGCCUCGUAGCCGGCACCUCAUCUCUCAUCAACACAACAUGCUCCGUCAUUCCUGAGAUGUCCUACGACUAUUGUGUUGGCGUGCUCUCGGCCGAUCCAGCGGGUGCCUCCGCCAAAGACAAGCGUGGGUUGGCCAUCGUAGCUGCUAACCAGAGCGUGCACAAUGUGACAUCCACAUUGCAUAUGAUGAGCGACCUAGUGCAAGGGCUCAACAAUUGCAUCGAGUAUUACAAGUAUAUGGGUGACUUGACGACGAGCGCCAUUGAUGACUUCCACGCAGGCCGAGAUGCUGAAGUGAUAUACGAAAAGUUACGGAGGGCCUCUGAUGAGCCCUUAAGUUGUGAUAUGGCGCUGUAUGAGGGAGCCACAAAAAAUCCCGUGGAGAAAGAGAACUCGGAAAACAAAUACUUGGCUCAUUUAGCCAGCGGCAUCACAUUUCUGAUGGUAAAUGGAGCCUCUUAA